GUCUGUGUAUAAAGAGUUAUUUCAUCUAUUGGGACACCACAUUACAAACACAUUGAUUCCCCGAAGUGGGAAGUGAAACCAGCUUUAGGUACUUGAAACAAAGCCUUAUUGAGCACCUGGACAUUCUUCUUGUGGUUUGUCAUGAGUGGUUGUGGUUUGUCAUAACAGAGUGCUGGACUGUAAGAGAUAAGAAGAUUAAAACUGUCAUCGGCUGCCUGAGUUGACCUUGUCUGGGGAUCGUUAGUGGGUUUAGUUUAGCGUCUGGAUCCGGUGUGAUACAGCUGCACUCAGAAUGACUAUAGUGGUUGUAUGGCUCUUCAUUGUGGCUGGAACGUGCUACAGCGUUCUCUGUUCAGGUAAGUUGUGUUAAUUGACUGAUAUUAUACGUUUAUUUGUGUUCAUAUGUCUGAAAGUUUGGCUGCCAUACUGCAUUGUCUGUACACAUCUACAUUGGCAACAUAUGCUUCUAUCAUUAAACUUAGAGCUCAAUUUAACAAAAAAUUCACUAGUAUUUAGCUGGUGUACGAUACAUUAAAUACCCCAAGAUAGUAUGAAUAUGAGUAUGAAUGAAGCCCCAGGUGACUGUUUGCACUGAGUUUGUUGUAGCAUGAACGAAAAACAUUUGUUUUGGUUUCAGAGAACCACCUGCGGGACAUGGACAGUUUUAUCAGUGCCGUUGAGCAGGCUGAGGACUCUAACCCAGACCUGUCACCACUAGCCCUGGUGAGGAGCCUCCGUAGGACGGCCGGACACGAGGAUCCACUCACCCUGCACUUCCUGGGGGCCUCCAACAACAUCAGCCACACCCACAACUCUGUGUUCAACGCCACUCUCUUUGGCUUCUUCGACAAAGCCAUCCAACAUUUUGUGACGGACCGUGGUGCAGAGAGAGGGGUCGUUCUGACCCAAGAUGGCACCACAGUGGCCAUCGCUCCCAUGCUUCUAGGCAUCGAGGUGGGGCUGAAAGCUAAGCUGGAAGGCACCCCUCCUCUGGGCAUGUUUCCCCUCACCUUGGCCAAAAACCUAGGGUUGUCGUUCCUUAGCCUCCAGGACUUUCCACCCGCUCAGCGUCUGGGGCCGGACGGCUGCUGGGACAACGUGGCCCACCCCAGGGUGUUCCAGCUAUCGCGUGUGCCCACCCUGGCCACCGAUGCCCUCAUCAACGGGGGAAUGGAUGGGUCCAUCUUGGGCAUGGACCUUGCCACCCUGGCCCCCUCUGAACAGCCUGGUAAACUCAGCGAGGUGCUGAAGGGUUACUACAACCAUGUACUGGAUGGGCAGGACCUGGGGGUUGUAUACAGCCACAUCAGCCCCAAGCGCAGGGAGAUUUCCCAAGCCCUGCUGGGAACCCUGGACACCCAGAGGCAGGUGAUGGAGACCCUAUACUUGGUGUGGAGGCUGGAGGACACUCAGUGGAUAGCCAAUGAUACAGGGGUGGAAAAAGCAGUGAGAGACGGAAUGCUGGAAUUUGUCCACAGAUACUGGGGUGAGUCUCGAGAUGGGGAAGAGGGAAUAAUUUACCCCUGUAAUUAUGAAAUUGUAGGUGAUGAAUGGCUAUUAAUUUGAAGUCUACAGAAAAUUGGUCUGUAGAUAUGAAGAGUAAUUGAACCUGUUCUACUCUGGUUCAACCUCUCCUCUCCAGACUGCCCUCCCAUCAUCCCACGGUGUCAGUGGGGGGCGGCACCCUACCGAGGGUCUCCCUUCCCUCUUGCCCUGCCCCUCCCCUUCCUGUACAUCCACCACACCUACCAGCCAGACAGGCCCUGUCGCUCCUUCCGGCAAUGCUCCAGGAACAUGAGGGCCAUGCAGCGCUUCCACCAAGAAGACCGCGGCUGGGCCGACAUUGGAUAUAGGUGACCUUUGACCCCCUCAUCCAUUACAAGAUUUUAACAAACCCUUUACACUAAGCUUCAUAGAUGGAGACAAGUGUACUGUGUCAGCCAAAAAUUACUGAAGCAGUCAUAUCAUAGCAAAUCUUGACAUGAUAUUACACAGUAUAACUUGAAGCAAUAUAUAAUGACAAGAUGCUAUAACAGGAAUCAGGGUUGUGAGAUAAUGCAAUUUGUUUUAUCACUCCAACUCCUAAAUGUAUGUUCCCCUCAGCUUUGUGGUGGGUUCUGACGGGUACAUCUACGAGGGGCGCGGCUGGCAUCACCUUGGCACCCACACCAGGGGGCAGAACUCUUACGGUUAUGGCGUGGCCUUCAUCGGCAACUACUCCUCCUCUCUGCCCUCGCGCCACACCCUGGAUCUGGUGCGCCAACACCUGGCCAAGUGUGCAGUGGAUGGCGGGCGCCUGCAGUCCAACUUCACCCUCUACGGGCACCGGCAGUUGGUGGACACCUCCUGUCCAGGAGACGCACUCUACUCAGAGAUCAGGGGCUGGGAGCACUUUGGGGUGAGAGACUGGUCAGUAUUAUAGGCUACUAUACUGUUAGUCAAUGUCAAAUGUAUCAUUUUAAUACAUACACGAUCAAAAGAGCAUCACAGUUGCGCCAGAACACCGGAACACUAUUCAGUCAUAAUACAAUUGUGCCCUUUUUCAUACAUUAGACAUUAGUGAUAAACACCAACAUUGAGCUGUUUGUGCACUGUUGAUAUUGAUGCUGCUGACACAUUUUGAUCCUGUGUUAUCUUGAUCACUCAUUAUAGCAAUAUUUUACAGGAAACCAGCUCAUUGAAAAAGGACCAAUGAAGAAGACAAGCAUGUAAAAAGCAGUGUGGAAUAAAACCAAUUUUGUCAAAAUGUCUCAUUGGAUUGUAUGGGGGUAUCAAUUUGUUAUGUCCAUGAUAAUAGUGUGUUUUAGAGUUAUAACGUUGUAUAACGCUCACCCUCUUGGUUGUCACUGCUUCACAUUACAGUAUUGUAACACAACAGAGAGACGUACAGUUGAAGUCGGAAGUUU